GUGAAACGAUGCGUUUAAAAGCGCGGAGAAGAGAUGGGCAAUGGCGGUGCUGUGUUUCUGGUCUUUUUCCCCAAAUCGUUUUAGGUUUUCCAGAGUUUCUUAUCUACCGUCACAUUCCUCCAUUUUCCAUUUCGGUAUCUAGAAAUCAGAUCAGUAUCGUCCACCUCUCGAGAUUUGAGGAAUGUGUCGUGAGAAGAUGGAAUCUGAUAAUGAUAAACACAAUGCACGAAGGCGGUGGAAUAAAACCACAAAACAAAUUACUUCUUCAGUACAAUUCUGUCUUAUUCUAUUUUUAUUUUUUUUAUUUCUAAUGGUGAUUCUUGCAAAGUGAUAUUACAAUACCAGAUAUUUCAUUUCAACCACUCAAGCAACUAUAAUGGGCAUAAUUAGGAGUAGCUUCCUUUUCAUUGCUGGGACGACGGUUGGGAUUUACUUGGUUCAGAAUUAUCAAAUUCCUAAUUUGAGGAAGCUAGCAGACACUGCCUUGGUACAUGCAAAGCAAGUUGAGGAGAAAUAUCGAAAGUCUAAGAAGAAGAAUGACGAUGAUAUGAUUAACCAUAAAUAGAAUCAUCACCUCCCCAGUCUGGAAUUAGGUUCUGAUUUAGUAUCUUUUGAAUAUUUGUCCUGCAUCUUAUAGAUCAUAGGAUCUGGUACCCUUAUGGAAGUGUUCUUUACAUGUACAAACAUAGAAAUUAUGGGAGAUCUUUAUAGAAGGAAGUGUUAUUUACAUGUACAAACAUAUUGUUAAAUUCUGGAAUUAGGUUCUGAUUUAGUAUCUUUUGAAUAUUUGUCCUGCCUCUUAUAGAUCAUAGGAUCUGGUACCCUUAUGGAAAUGUUCUUUACAUGUACAAACAUAGAAAUUAUGGAAGAUCUUUAUAUUAGGAAGUGUUAUUUACAUGUACAAACAUAUUAUUAAAUCCAAUUUUCUAAUUGUUUUUA